AUGCCAAAGCGAAAGCUCGUGGAAUUGACGCUCGAGAGGAAGAAAGAAGUUCUCGACAAGCUGUACGGAGGAGCAACAUGCAGGCAAGUGGCGGAGGAAUUUAAAAUUUCCAAGUUAACAGUGUCCAAAAUCGGUACGAGCCGAGAUGAAAUCUUAUGCGCUUGGGAACAGAACUCCAGCAGCAAGAGGAAAAGGAUCAUCAGGAAGACGGACAACGAGAGCGUGAACGAAAAGGUGCUCCACUUCUUUUUUGAUUGCCGAUCAAAAAACAUUCCCGUUUCCGGCCCAAUGUUGCAAGAAGCAGCGUUAGCGGCGGCAAGGAGUGAAGGUCUGCACGAAUUUAAAGCAAGCAAUGGGUGGCUUGCAAGGUUCCGAGAAAGACAUGCCAUUGAAUGCAAGUCACUCAGUGGAGAAGCAGCUGAGAUUGACACCAGGGCAGCCGAAGAAUGGCUUAAAAGGGUUCCGGAUGUCACUCGUGGUUAUGAAGCGAAAGACAUCUUCAACGCAGACGGAACUGCACUCUUCUACAGACAAAUUCCGAAGAGGUCCCUUGUUACAAAGGUCGACGCUGCGUAUCCGAGGGUGUUCAGGCAACGCAAGAUCCAGCCCUCCAAUUUGCCUGUCCAUUGGUUUUUUAAUAGGAAGGCCUGGAUGACUUCUGUCAUAUUCAAUGAGUGGUUGGCAGUUGUCAACAAGCAAAUGAGGUGGGAAGGCCGCCGGAUUCUCAUCAUAGUGGACAAUGCUCCAAGCCACAUCAUGACGAAGAACCUGCCCAAUGUGGAAGUUAAGUUCCUCCCUCCAAACUUAACAAGCGCUGUCCAACCCUUAGAUCAGGGCAUCAUACAGACAGUCAAGCUCCACUACAGAAAGCUGCUACUGUCGAGCCUGGUUUAA